AUGUACUCUCUGCUCGAGGCCGCCGGAAAAGGUGCCCCUACCUCCCCUGCACGAGACCGUCCAUCCUUAGCAGGACCACCGCCAGCACAUUUCGACCUCACCGGGGGCAACAGCAUCACGGCCGGGUGCUUCUUGGGUGCUGCCGCAGCCGCUGCUGCUACUCCAUGCACAGGGCCCCCACCCGUGACGCUUUCGACUGCGGGCACGUCGGAGGUGCCCAUGGGCACGAAGAAUGACGGGCUGUUCGGGGUUCGGCAACGGCACCCUUUGUUGGCGGUUGAUGGUAUUGCUCGCAAGCGACGUCAUGCUGGUGUGAGCCAGAAGACCGCCCCGUGGAAAAACGCGAAGGGGCCAGAGCAGCCAGGGCAAACCAGCUGGAAUACAAGUAUCACUGCUGUUGGUCUUGAUAAGCAGCAGCGGUCACAGCAGCAAGGCGCGGCAAAGACGCGCAAGCCUACAGGCAGCGUUGAGAUUCCUGCCAUGAAGAUUUUUCAUGGCACCGGUAGUAUAGAUUCCGAGCGGUCGCCUGAUGUUGACGUGAUGGGCACAAACGGAGGAGUUUCGGAGUUCUCUUCAGCCCACCCUUCGGAUGACGAGAACGGCCAAGGACAGUAUACCACCGACGUUUCUUCUUCCUCGCUUCAUGAAGAAUCAAGGCUCAACGGAUCGGCUCCCGUGGUUGUCUCGCACGAUAGAAAAGAGGAAGGGGUGGCAGAGGAGCCGGCAGUUCCCGAGCUGCUUCCGGAUUCGCCGACUACUGCAGAUGAUGGAAUCAACGCGUCAUUUGGCAACCCACCAACUUCCACCAGGCCGCUCCAACCAUCUAAGGAUGGUUUCGGAAGUUUUCAGAUUCCUGGCCCAACGUCAUUUCUCAUGAGUGCAGAAUCGCCUGAAGACAAUACCGCCGCUAGUUCGACUUCGGUGGAGCAGGAGGCCCAAAGCUCCUACAACGGCGGGGCUUGUACAAGGGAGGAACAACAGUCUUCGCAACAGCAUCACCAGCAACAACAGCAACAACGUUUAAGAAAAGGAGCUUACCAAAAACCGGCGGACCUAAACGGAAAGAAGCGCGUAGGCAAGACAACACUUCAAAAGCCAGGCGGCAAGCUCUCGUCGUCUCAGCGACUCGACGGGAUCAUGGCUGCAUAUUCGAACAACAACCUUGUCCCGCCCAUCUUGCCAACGAGCGCUGCGGCCACGAAAAAGGAGACCAUGGCCGCGAAAAAAAGCGGGGCAAAGCGGACUGUUGGUGGAGGCAGCGGCGAUGGCGGCAACAAGCAAGCGAGGAGUAGUACCAGGGUCGGGGCGGGUUUGUCGGAAGACGUGUCCGGCGGUGGCGGCACCACACGUUGGAGGCAAGGAGAAAGCGAUAGCGCCGCAGUGAGAGCGGCGGCAAAGGCGGCAGAACGGAUGAAAAGGCUAGAGGCCUUGAUGAAUGCGGCCAUGGAGAGCCCGGUGACCUACGAAGAGCAGGUCCGGCGGGAGCGUCUGGCCCACCUUCGAGUCAUGUACACGGGGGUUGAUUUGCUUGAGGGGCACGGGGAAAAACAAAUUGUGAGCCAGGCGAACAAGGUGGAGAAGGAGAUGGCGGAGCUACCGGUGGACUUUUUGCGGGGGGUCGGCUACGAAGACUACGGCAUAAAGUCGAGGCUGUCGCGCAUGUGCGCCGCGCUCGGGAAGUCGCACCGCUGGAGCAAGGCCGUCGCGCUGUCAAGGUGGGCGCAGGCCUUGGAGAAAGCCCGUGCCGACGAGUUCGCCGAAGAAAUGCUCCGGUACGAGCACGCUAGGCUUUUCGCUAUGCUUUCCUCUAUCAGGAAGCGGUGGGAGCUUAAGCAGGCGAGGAGGCGUUUCUUGGGGUGGAGAAAACGCGUGAGGCUGGCGCGCUUGGCCGAGGAUCAGGAUCAAGCCAGGGUGGGGGCUAUCAAGAUCCAGCGGUGGGCGCGAAGGCGGCUGGCGGCGCGGCGACGGCGCAGGGCUCUGGAGCAGAGAGAGCGCCGGAGAAUCGCUCUCGCUCGAGACAAGGCGGAUGCCAUCGCCGGGGUGCUGAGCUUCGAAGACAAUCGAAGGUGCCAAUUGUUGGAGUAUGCGGAGAUGGAGCGCCAAGAGUUGCACCGCCGCCGGCUUGCGGAGCACGCCAGGAGAUGGGCUGUUAUCCUUCCGAUGGCGCGGGGCUUCCUGUCGGCGUGCCUGGACCGCUCCCAGAGGGCCGUCAUCGCCAAGCUGAGGGCGCGGCACGAGACCCUGAGGCUCGCCUACGAGGCGGAGCUGGCGGAGCACCGCCGGGUCCUCAACGCCGCCCACGCCGUGAUAUCGCACGCGUGGAGGGGCAAGAGGUGCCGACUGGAAUUCGUCGCCCGCAUGAAGGCGCUGGUGGACGUGCAGCGGGCCUGGAAGAGGGCGGCCGGGCGACGGAGGCUGCAGGCUGAGAUUGACGCCCGUGUGGCGGCGACGGCACAACGAAUCAAGAAGGCCCGCGAGAGCGCCGCCUCCCGCCUCCAGGCGUUCGCCCGCAAAAGCGCCCAGCGGCACCAGCUCAGCAAGCGCUUCGCCGCCCGCAAGGCCAAGCUCGACUUCGAGCGGAGGAACCGGUCGGAGCUGGCCUCCGCGUGCCUGGUCAUGUUCGAGCCCUCCCGCGCCAUCCGCGAGGCCGCCGGCAGGGAGGACUUUGAGGCGAUGGGGGACGCGGUCCGGCCUGCGGAGGUGGUGGCGCGGCUGCGGGCGAGCGCCGCCGCGCGCGGGGUGUCGCUCUCCCAGAUCAUGUCCGGGGCCUUCGACGACGACGACGGCGGCGACGAUGAGGAUGGCGUAGGGGAGGACGGGGUUCCGAAGCGUUUGUCCGGAUCCGAGCUGGCACGCGCCGUGCUGAAGCAGCAGGAAAGUCAGCGGCGCGCGGCAGAGGCUGUGCAACUUGCAUGGAGGAAGCGGAAGGCGAUGCUCCACCUGGAGGGGCUGUUCGCGAAGCGCAAGGUUAAGAUACUCAACGACAGGAGAGAGAGCUCGGCCCUCCGGCUCCAGAGGGUGUGGGCGAGCGCUAGACUCAGGGUCGAGCUGGCGGCCAGGGUAGAGGCGACUCGCCGCCGAAUCGCGGCCGAGAGGGAAUGGGGGGCGAGGAUGCUGCAGAGGCUUUGCCGUCGCCGCAAGGACGCCAAGGAGCUCGCGUCGAGGUUCGCUAUUCGAAAGAUCAUCCUGGAGCAGGCGAGAUCGCUGCGAGAGAUGAAUGCCGCCGUGAGCAAGAUCCAGCUGUGGUACCGCCGACGCCAGGGAGUCUACUACACCACCCUGCGAAUCGUCGCGCGAUACCAGCUAGCAUACAAGGAAGGUAAGCAGCAAGGACCAGUACAUGCCGGAAGCGUGGCCGACGGAACGUGGUGUAAGGACUAA